AUGAAGAAUCAGAGAGACAGAAAAAAGAAAUCUUCAAAUAGCAACCCUAAUGAUGCAAACUCUGAUGAAUCCAAUAACGAAGCCAUUGACGCACCACAACUUAAAAAUCUAAUGCCAAUAGUUCUUCUUCAUCGUUGUCGUUGUCAUCUGAAAGUAGCUCAACCAAACAAGAAUGGUAUGGUACGGUCGUCUUAUAGUGUCAAUGAAGGUCAGCUUGCCGAGUUUUUCGAGAAAUGUGAUAAAAUAAAGCCCAUAAGACUUCCAAAGUUCCCGAAUACUCAACGUUUGGCUAUGUUGAAUUCACAGAUACAAAUGCCGCGAAAGCAAGCAUUUGAGUUGAAUAAUAAAGAUUAUUGGGGCGCGACUCCAAAGUGGUAG